UCGUGAUUCCUGUCCCGCUCAGCACAGCCACGGAAGCUUUCAUAGAACGAAGUUGUGCUCCUGGCUCAUCAUGAGCUUCAUGCGCCAGCUGGGGGCUUUGCUCCAAAAGGACAUAGUUAUUCGGAAAUUCAAGCGACAUUAUAUCUUGGCGGUUCUUGAAUUAUUGUUCCCUCUUCUGAUUUGGGGUGGACUUCUAUUUGCGUUGAAGCGACUACCGGUCAAGAGCUUUGCCGGUGAAGAAGUUCGUGGAGAGGCCAGGAGCUAUCUUCCGCUUGGACCUUUCGGAGUCGGAGACAUCACGCGGCAGCAUGGACCGGCUCCAGCCUGGAGUCGUCUCAAGAUUUAUUUCACACCGGAUUCCGAUUAUGCCAAAAAUAUAACGGAAGGAAUCUUCAGAUCAGGGUUCAAGACGCUGGGUUUCUCCUCGGAGAGAGCAAUGAUAACUGCGAUCGACGCCGAAAAGUACUUCUAUGGAUUCGGACUCGAGUUCCCCUCCAAUCCGACUCGGGAAAAUCUGUCUUACACGAUGCGGUGGCCGAGGUCGAGGCCAAUGAUGACGGAAAUUAUUUUCCCUAAUUCUAAGCAACCGCGAAUCGCUCGUGAGAGUUCACCCGACUCACAUGGACAGGAUCCGAUCAAUCCUGCUUUCGACUAUACGGAAACUCAUUAUUUAUGGCCACUGAUGAAUGGGAUCUUCGUCGAGCAUUUGAAUUAUUUCAAGUUGGGCGAGGUGGACUUACCGUAUAUGCAAGCGCUGCCGACGCAGAAGUUCAGCUACAGACUCGGGUCGAUACUCGGCUCCAUAGCGUACGCUGCCGACGGUCUGGUUCUCGCUACUUUCAUCAUAUUCUUGUCCUCAUAUUCCAAGAAUGUCAUGGCGGACAAAGAGUCGCGGCUCCGCGAACUCUUGCGUAUGAUGGGACUUUCGGAUUCAGUCUACUGGGUCAACGCGUUCCUCGUGGGACUCCUGAAUGCCCUUCCUCUGUGUAUCCUUGUGACCGUCGCCUUGCGAGUUGGCCUCGGUCACGUUUCACUACUACCGAAUACGGACCCGCUGCUGCUCUUCGUCGUGGUACUCUGCUACGCAAUCGGCAUCAUUUUGCUGGCAUUACUGAUUUCUGUCCUGGUCAAGUCAGAGAUGGUAUUCGCGACUGGUCAUCCGGCCGGCACCUAG